GCAACACCCACAAUGCUCAGGAUGGUGUGACGUUCACUAAUUCCAAUGCCUAAAACCCAUUCGGGCAAAAAAGCUGACAUUUGGCGGUAUGCAAUUACUCGAGCACGGUCCUAUUCACAAACGUCAUCCCAUUAUUACAAGUGAAGCGGAGUGAGACUUGUGGAGAGGAAUUCAUACUGCUAGCAGACUAUAUAAUGCCCUCACCAAUCCUGGGCUCCAGAGGCCAUAUCGAGCUCACUCCGUCCCAUCUGCUGAUACGUUUCUGAAGAUUCCCCCCACAAUAAAAUUGCAACAUGUCUCUCUCCAAGCAUGUCGACCCUGAUGAGCUUAUAGCUUCCCUUCCCGAACAUCCUAGCGCACGCCAACCUCAUCUUCACAGGCGAGCCAUCCAUCACUACACUUAUGGAUCUCGCUACAGUGCGGGAACCCCAAUCCCAAAGUUUGAGAUACCUGGCCAAGGCACCGAAGCCGGAAGUGUCCAUCAGCUCAUCAAAGAUGAGCUUGAUCUCGAUGGUCGCCCCAACCUCAACUUAGCUUCGUUCGUGAAUACCUACAUGGAGACUCACGCCGAUCAAUUGAUCAUGGAGAACAUUGCGAAGAAUCUUGCAGAUGCUGAUGAGUACCCUGCUCUCAUGGCUAUACAUUCCAGAUGCGUUUCCAUGGUCUCGAAUUUGUGGAAUAUUCCCAAAGGGCAAACUGCGAUCGGCACGGCAACUACUGGAAGCAGUGAAGCUAUUCAUCUUGGUGGAUUGGCUAUGAAGAGGAGAUGGCAAGAGCGGAGAAGGGCGAACGGAAAGUCCACCGAGAAGCCUAACAUCUUGAUGGGCGCCAAUGCUCAGGUAGCUCUUGAGAAAUUCGCCCGCUACUUCGAUGUCGAACCCCGCAUCAUCCCCGUUAGCGAGGAGUCCCACUGGUGCCUAGACCCCUCCAAGAUCCGCGAUAAUCUUGACGAGAACACUAUUGGUAUCUUCGUAAUUCUCGGUUCAACAUACACUGGCCAUUUUGAACCGGUUGAGGAGGUUUCGAAUAUCCUGGAUAAAUACGAGGAGGAGACGGGGAUAUCAAUUCCUAUCCACGUCGACGGUGCCUCCGGUGCAAUGGUAGCUCCAUUUACCGGUUCUGGGGGGAAAUGGGGCUUCGAACUUCCCCGAGUUCAUUCAAUUAACACCUCCGGUCAUAAAUACGGCCUUGUUUAUGCUGGAUUAGGUUGGAUCAUCUGGAGAGGGGAGGAAUACCUUCCCAAAGAGCUGAUAUUUGAGCUUCACUAUCUCGGUGGGACAGAGCAAUCAUACACCUUAAACUUCUCUCGUCCCGGUGCUCAAGUCCUCGCACAGUACUUUAACUUCCUUCACCUCGGGAAAGAAGGUUAUAAAACGCAAGCGGUUGGUACACCUGUCUUAGCGAUAUCCAUCGUAAACGAGGCGUCUACGGUGGAGGGCGUUAAGGAAGCCGUUCUUAGUGACGAUAACCCCCAUGUCUACAAUGCCGGUCUGCCAGUUGUAGCCUUCAGGCUCAGCGAUGAGUUUAAAAAGGAGUUUCCGCAUGUUAAGCAGGCGAGCGUUUCCACCUUAUUGAGAGCUAAAGGAUAUAUCAUUCCUAGUAUGUUUGGACUCCGCGUUAUCUCCUCAGUUCUACUGUUCUAACCACCUCAUAUAUUACAACCUGCCACCCAACGUCGCGGAAAUCGAAAUCUUGAGAGUUGUCGUUAGAGAGAGCAUGUCUGUGGACAUGGUAGAUAGAUUGAUUGGCGACAUCUUUCAGGUCACCGAGACUGUGAUGAAAGCAGAUGCAGUAGACCUAGAAAGCCUAGCAGCCCCGAGCAAUCCGAGAAUUGAGAAGAGAAUUCAGAGCAUGGGGCUUGAGAAGAAGCCGCUCCUUGACACGGACUUCUACGGGAUCUUGAAAACCACCUGUUAGGAGCAAUUAUGUGUUUGACUGUUAAACGGAUAACUGCUUUAUUUCUCGCAAAUUCAAAUUUUGCCAAAA